UGUGAUGGGCACAGCAAAACUGAAUGCAGCUGGCCACAGGUGGGUGGGGGAGCUUGCUGACUUCAGGUUCAGUAUAAAAUACAGACCAGGAAAAGUCAACGCAGAUGCUGACACUCUUUCUCGUCUCCCACUUGACAUCAACAACUAUGUAGAGGAAUGCACUGAGGAACUCAACAGGGAUGCCAUCCAUUCUGUGUGGGAAGGAAGUGAGGCUGCCAAAAAGCAUGAUGUUGCCUACGUUGCUUCUCUCAACCUGGCCCAAGAUCCAGACUCAACGGGUUCGACAUUACCUACCAUUAGUCAAAAUGAACUGGUGAGAGCCCAGAGGCGAGAUGAGAUCAUAAAAGAGAUUAUAAAACUGAAACAGUCAAAAGCAGUGCUCACAGAAGAAGACAGGAAGAAAGUCAGUACCCCUGUGAGAAGAUUGAUGCAUGAGUGGGGAAAGUUGCACAUAGAGUCUGAUUUGCUGUACAGGAGAGCAGGGGGGCGGAAACAGCUAGUCUUACCCGCAGAGUAUCGACCUCUUGUGCUUAAACACCUACACAAUGACAUGGGUCAUUUAGGAGCAGAGAGAGUCAUUGGAUUAGCAAGAGAACGCUUCUAUUGGCCCUACAUGAAAAAAGACAUUGAGGCCUAUGUUACCAGACAGUGCCCUUGCAUAAAGCAAAAGAAACCUGUGACUCAUGACAGAGCACCGAUGGGGAGCAUUGUGACCAGUGCACCACUUGAACUUGUGUCCAUAGAUUUCAUGCACCUGGAGCAGAGUAGAGGAGGGUACGACUACAUACUUGUAUGUGUAGACCACUUCAGUAGGUUUGCUCAGGUGUAUGCAACACGAAAUAAAUCAGGACGGACAGCUGCAGAAAAAAUAUUUAAUGACUUUAUCCCGCGGUUUGGGUUCCCAGGUAAACUGCACCAUGACCAGGAGCGGGAAUUUGAAAAUGCCCUGUUUGCAACUCUGCAGAAGCAGACAGGUGUGAACCACUCCAGAACGACCCCGUACCAUCCACAGGGCAACCCAGCUGAGAGAUUCAACAGGACGCUGCUCCAGAUGUUGAGAACACUGCAGGAGGAAGAAAAGAGUAAUUGGAAGGAACACCUACCACAGAUUGUGCAUGCAUACAACUGCACUAGACACGAGGCUACAGGUUUCUCACCCCAUUACCUCAUGUUUGGGCGCCACCCUCGCCUUCCAGUAGAUCUGCUUUUUGGUCUGUUCCCAGAAAAGAAGCCAGAAACACCCCAAGAAUAUGCAGACAAAUGGGCUGCGAGGAUGAGAGAGGCCUACAGAAUAGCAGGUCAGAACAGCCAGCAGUCCAGCGCACGAGGCAAGAGGCAGUAUGACCGUCAUGUGAAGGGAGUCGUUCUGCAGCCCGGUGACAGGGUCUUGGUUUGUAACAUGGGUGAAAGAGGAGGGCCAGGAAAGCUGAGGUCCUAUUGGGAACAAACAGUGCAUGUCGUCAAAGAACAGGUGAAUGAAAGCCCCGCUUACAAAGUAUGUCCCGAAACGGGUUGCAGUAAAACACGUACCCUUCACAGAAAUCUCCUCCACCUUGUAAAUGAUUUGCCUGUGGGCAUACAUGAACAGCUACCAAACAAAGCAGCAACCAGAGGGAGACGCAGGAGAAAGAGUCAAACAGAACAGCAUGGAAGGAGAGAACCAUGCCAACAAAGUGACUCGUCUGACUCUGAUGAUGGUAUUUCCAGAACACAAUACUGGCUAAGAGUGUCCAGAUCAGCUGAAUCACACAGAUCUCCCACCAUGAUUCCCCACAUGCCCCAGAGACAAGCAGUGAUUUCCCCAUCCCCGGGCAAAUCGACUCAGGAAACUACACCACCAGGGGGAGCCAGACUGCAGCCUACGCCCACAGCAGAGGAGCCUGUGAUGAGGAAGGAAAAUCAGUCCAGUGAGCAGGAGCUGGAAUGGGCAGGUGGCAAUGACUAUGUACAAGUAGCAAAAGAUGAUGAUGAAGCGGACACUGGAGAGGAAGAUGGCCCAGCCAUAUGGGACGCCAAUGACGACCGACCUACCUCACCCCAGUGUCAAUCGGCCAGGCGAUCAGCGCGAGAGAGGAGGCCCCCAACAACGUUGACAUAUGAGUACCUUGGCCAGCCAUCUUACCAGCCUCAGGGGUUAUCUGCAUCUGUUUGCCUGUCCCUCCACCCGAGACCUGCAACAACAAGUGUUAUGUCAGUCUUAUGCACACCCCAUCAAAUAAACGUCACCAAAAUGGUAAUAUAUUGAAAGCACAAUGUCAUUAGU